AUGGCGCUCCCCAACGUCGCCCACCACUGGCGACCAGAGGAAUUUCGCAUGCUCUAUCGCGGCUACUAUCGCGAACCCCUGCCGGCGCGGGUGAUUGAGGGACUUUCGCUGCCGGAGCCGGCCGGAUCCACGGACGCCGGCGUCGCGGCGCCGACGGGGGAGGCUUUUUUUAACGAGUUGUUUCGUUGCCUGCGGAGUACGGUGCGGCGGCAUCAGUACCUCGCACUUCAUGCGCUUCUUCUCCAUCUAUGGUGUGCGCCCGACGGGGAGAACCCCCGCGUGCUCGCGGGCUCUUCUCAACCUGAUGUCUCUCUGAAGGAGCGAUGCGUGCACGGCCCGGACUGUGGGGCUUUUGUGUUUUUCGUCCUUGAGGUGCUAUCCACCGCCGCCCAUCCUGCGGCCUGUCAAAUGGCGGCAGCAUGCCUGCUGAUGCUGCUCCGACAAGAAAAGGAUGAGUUUGUGGAGGUGUUGAGUGAGAUCGGAGCCCCCCUGAGCGAUCCUGUGGAGAACGGAGAAGAAGAGGCGGUCGGCCGGGAUGCUUCAAAAAACGAAAAAAACAAGCAAGAAGGUGGCGGGAACCUGUCAGAGAGAGACGUGGAUGGGCUUGAAUUACCUUUUGCGGAGAUAUCCGAACAACUUCGUGACGACGACGAUCGCAGGAUUGGGCUUGAGAAGAUGGGUUACACCAAUCGCAUCAUGGCCGCCAUGCCGAUGCUUGUCAUGGAGCCCGCUUCUUCUUCUUCGCCUUCCCGUCGCGUGACGGGGGAUUCUGGUGGGGACGUGGAGGAGACCGGGUUUGGCCUGGAGCAGCUGUGGCUUCAGCUGCUGCUGUAUGGGGAUAUCAGCUCGCCACGGGUGGCGCGGCGGGUGGCCGAGGACCCCGCCUUCGUCUCGUGGUCGAAACUGCAGCUGCAGCGGGUGGUACUCGGGGAGCGGCCGAUGGCGAGCCUCACGCAGCAUCUGUUGGUGUGGUAUCGCCUGAUGCGCGUACCGGCGGCCGCGCGGGGGCUCCUUCGGCCCUCCCCUUCCUCUAGCGGGUACGAGCCGUGGGGGCUGUAUGUUCUCUUCGCGUGCACCCUAAAGCCGGAGGAGGGGUUGUCGAUGGACGCGGUGCGGGCCCUGACGCUUACGUUUAUGCUCGUGCGGGAGAUGGUGCGGUAUGGGCUUGCCGGGGAGGUGCUCCGCGACGUCGGCGAGGCGCUUCUGACGGAUGGCCUGCGCGUAGGAUCGGCGAUGGUGCUGGAGAUGUGGGAUUUGGCCGCCGAGCAGCCGCCCACGGCUGUAGGUGGGGAGCAGGGGCAUCCAAGGAUGGAGGAGGGUUAUUUUCGUGAGGCCGCGUUAGCCGCAAUGGAGUUAUGUCGGUCGACAAAAGCGGCCCCGUUGCCCGAGCGGGAGGAUGGUGUGCAUCAGGCCUUGCAGACCUUGGUGAGUGCGACCUGUCGGCACUACCUCGCGACGUACUUCCGGACGCAUCCCAUCGACUGCUUCCGACUCCAUGGGACGGCGGUGGAGACGCAGGAGCGCAUCCAGGGCUUCCUUAGCCAAUCAGUUCUGUGCUCGGAUUUACUCACCGAGUCUUUUCUCCGUUUAAGCCUUCCCUUACCACGCCCAAAACAGCCUUCAGACGUGUUCAGCCGCGUCAUAGUGGGUUGUCUGCGAUCACAUGCCCACCUGCCGGAAAACCUAGAGGAAGUGGCUGGCCAGGAGGCUGAAGGUGGUACUGGCGGGCUGUUGCCCGCUCCUCCCUCGUGCCUUCCCGGAUUCACUGCCCAGCGGGAACCAUCGCAGCACUGGCAACUAGCACUGAAAGCCACACUGACGCAUGCCAAUACGCGUCUAAUGCACGCGAUCGCGUGCAGCUUCCCUGCUAUUAAUAAGGACGCAAUUUUGGGAUAUGCGGCAUCCAUGAGCUCCAAGUAUGUAUUCGCAUGCCUGGCAAUUCGAAGCCAUGCCCAGUAUCGUCUUCUUCCCGAUGAGGUGUGCACGGCGGUGGAGGUGAUGCUCUUGUUGCAAGAAUUUACCGCCGCUGAUGACAUCGCCAGGAAAGGUCAGGAGGAUAAGGAUGCUGAUGUAGCAAGCCGCACCUACCACCGCGAUGCGCACCUGACGGCGCUGUUCGUCCUGCAGAGCAUCGCCAUCACAAAGCACUGCCUGGAUGUGUUACCCCGGGCGAUCGCGUGUUUACUUAGCCAUGGGAGCGCGUUGGAGCUCGACGCCGAGGCCCACGGCGAGCCUUUGGUGGAGCUGGGCAAGGCCUUGCAGGAUGGUGUGGUGGCGGCUCCCAGCGAAGGGGGGGGAGGCCUCGCCGCCGCCGGGGUGCCCCGGCCAUGGGCGAUCGCGCCGCUUUACGACGAUUGCUUCGCGCAGAAGGCGUUGUGGGCGGCGUGGCUGCGCCGGCUGCUCCGCCUUCACCAGGACGUCAAAAACGUCCUCGGCUGGGAGGCAUUGCUCACCCACACCCUGCUGUGGGUGUUGCCGCGGCGACAGGAGCUCUUCGCGGACGCCGCAAUCCCCUUCAACGACGACAAGGCCGAGGACGAGGGCGACGCGGAGGGGGCCCUGGUUGGCCUCAUCACCGACCUCGCGGGGUUGUUGCUUUCGCCGACGCCACUCGACGCCGGCUUUUCGUUCGCCGCGUCGGAGACGUUGGGUGUGGCUCUCCGCGCGUUCGCCAGCCCCGAGGCGGAGGACGGCCUGCCGUGGCCGAUCGCGGCGGCGUUGACGUUGACGGCCACGCGCUGCUCCCCUUCGACGGCGCUCGCCGUGGCGCGGGUGCUGCUCGCAACGCCGCUCCUCCCUCACUCGGGGCGGCCGUUGACGGGCGCGGGCCCGCGCGGGAUCGCCCAGCUUCGCCUGCUGGAUGGCCUUCAGGCGUGGAAGACGCGCCGUUUCGACUGCCGGGCGCCGUGUUGGGGACUGGAGGAGAUGGUUUCCUUGAUUCAGUUGCUGGGGGUUCUUCUCGCGGGCUUUGAAGAGGGGGUUGAAGAUGGGAUGACCUUGGAGGUGUUUUCUGUGGAUGACUGGACGCGCCUCAUCUCGGACGCGGAGCGCUUCCAUGUAUGGUGUCUGCGCGCGUUGGCCGAGGGAAUUUUCCAUGAAUUCCUCAACGAGCGCCAAAGGCGGCGAAGCCAAGGUGUAAACGGCAAAUUGUUAAGCUUUAUGGAAAGAGAGGUACUACGCACCACUUUAGAGGAGGUUGACUGGAAGCCAAGAGUUUUAUGGUCGCAUCUGCAAGACUGA